CUCCACCUUCCCAAGCAAACACACGGAAUCAAACCGACGACUCCGAUCGCUAUACCAAUACCGUAAUCAAUCUCGUGCCACGACGAYCUAUUCCCUAUCCCCAGGAUGAGGAUGAAGAAUAAGAAGAAAAGCAGGMCCUCGAAGAAGGACAGGCACCUGGUCAAAGACGCAAUCACCAAUCUUUCCCAGAUGAGAACCAACCUCAGCCAGGCCCCCAGCCKCGAUGAAGAGAUGGACGCCCUCAUCCAGAGGGASGGCGUAGACAGCAACCAUGCAGCAACUUCAACCGGUGGUGGUGCACUGUGGAAGGUUCUUGCAUUCGUCAUGUUUGGACUCGUGGUUCUGCUUGCCACGGACGUGAUCGAGUUCAAAAAGUACACCAAUCCAUUCGGRAACGACUCCAAGCUCAGCAGCAACCCGUCGGCCGAGGCCGAGACGGCUCACGAAAUUCUCAACGGUUCCGUGGAGCAAAAGCCCUCGGUUUCCGAGGMGUUGCAGAAGGCGAAGGCUACCCAGGCGCCAACCAAAACCRYCUGGAUCGAGAUAACCCCUCCGCCGACCGMRUCCCCCACGAUCAAGGCGACCCCUCCGCCGACCGMAUCYCCCACAAUCAAGGCGACCCCUCYGCCGACUCUGCCCCCUACGGAGAAGCCCACCAUGCCUCCAACGGAAAAUCCCACAGCAAAAGCAACCCCUGCCGCUACGAAAGCAAAGAUCGAAGAACCAAAACCCAAAGCGGAUUCUACACCGGCGCCCGAACCGACAGCAGCAGAAUCGACCAAUCAGCGGCACACGUACAAACCGCGGGGUCAGCCCAUGAGCGACGAGGACCGGGCGGCGAUGGARAGCAAGUGGGGGAAAUGGACACUCGAGRCGGACAMAAAGGCUCGGCCCAUGGAUGAUUACUACGCYGCGUACCCCAACCGCGACGUGCCCCGAAGCGCCUUUCCCGCCAACGCCUGGCAAACCGACACMGAGUGGCUGAGCAAGUUCCUGCCCGAGGGCAUCAAACUCGUCGAUCGCGCAAUCAACGCGAUCCUGGAGGAAUACGGCCAGCCCACAGACGGAACCUCGGAUCUCUUUCACUUGGAAAAAUACGAGGCAUGGAAUGCCAAGAUGGAGAAGGAGCACUGCAAGAAGCAGGUCGGUUGCACCACCACAAAGAGCUUCGAAAACCUCAAGCGCAGGCUCUUGCACGCCAUCAUGACCGAGGACAUGUUCGUCUUUGCCAUGGGGGGCCACAGCAGUGCCGCCGGACACGGAAACCAUUUUGUGCAGAGCUACACUCUGCAGGUACAAUGGAUCCUGGAAGGGGUGUUCUCGCGGCUGGGUGUCCGGCACCAAUCUAGAAAUUUUGGACUCGGUGGACUGGGAACGACACAGAGCGGAAUUGCUACGAAGCAGAUCUUCGGGCACGACAUCGACAUGCUCAUGUGGGAUUCGGGAAUGACCGAGAGAGAAGAAAAGGCCAAGGACAUGUUCUUCCGGCAAGGUAUUCUAGGGCCCGGGAAAGUUCCAAUGAUUGUGGCCGCUCCCGAGGUCAGCUCGCUGCUGGUCCUAAACGAACACAUYGAUGCCGAUGUGCUCAUGAUCGGCGACCAGAGCGCGAUGAAAAAGGCCGAAACACUGGAAGAAGUCGCAGCAAUGCCAUGGGCCUCGCAAUACGUUCGCUGCGGAAACGAGAUCUCCGACAUCUGCCGCGACAACGAAUACGCCGGUGUGUGCUGGAUCGAGCGCGACGAUUUCACGCCGGCGCAAGCACAAGACAAGGUAAUGGGCGGUCGGGCGAAGUGGCAUCCCGGCAACAGAAAGCACCAGGUCAUUGGCCGSGCGAUCGCCUUUGCAAUCCUGGAAGCCCUCAGGGAGGCCCUGGUAAYGUGGAACGAUGCGAACGGAUACGAGCUUCCGGACGAUGCGUGGCACCUGACCCCGCUCUUUGAGAACACCCGUUCCAAGCUCGAAAACCUGGAUCCGAGCAUCGGGAGCUGCAAAGAGUAYUCGGAAUUGUCCACGKUUAUGUGCAACAAGGCCGUCAAAGCCCGUCUCGAGUUCACUCCCAGGAGUUACCCCGAUCACACAAACAUUCGUACGUUGCUGCCACCGAGCCAGGCCGAGCACAUCAAYCCUCCACCGCCGGUUCUGUACUCGGCCCCAGACGUCUUCAACAAGGAUCUUCAUCCACCCGCUGGUGCCGUAGACGUCCUGAACAUCAUCGAGGCCGGUACUCCCUUCACGUCGAAUCUCGUUCCGGACUACACAAAGUUCUAUCCAAAGCCAAAGUUCGAGAAGGCACCAACCCUUCCCGUAGGCAAGGGCUACCACCURAACACCUAUGCUGGCGUUUGCGAUGGUUCGGUAGAUUCCUGGUGCAGGAGGAACGAGGGCGAAAAGUGUCUCCUUUCCGGACAYAACGAUGGGAGAAAUGGAAUACAUAUGGAUUCAUACUGYGGAUGGUUCGUAACAAACCUACCGGAUGUCAAGGUAAGUCUGGGGUAGUUUCAUAUCCAUCGAAAGGGUACAAAACCAAUUUUUCCUUUGUGUUCGUGUUUUUGUUGGAGCGUCUUUUUGGAGGCAGGCGCAGAGCAUCUCACACCAUCUUGCAUGGUYUGUGCAUAUCUUUUGUAUACAAUUCUUGUCCGCAGCACGGSUUCAUUSUGCUGAAGAUUGAGACGUGGCAUCAGCCGAAAAGCAAUCCCAAAACRGCAUCCUGGAACUCGAUCAACAACGAAGGCGACGGGGACACCCGAAAGCUGUCCGCGGAACGCGACGGACGCUUCUUGCGGUCGACACCGUCCGCAACAAACCAGAGCACUGCAGCCACUCUUGACGACCGCCACGAAGACGGUAGAGAACUAAAGGCCAAGGUGCCGGACUACUGCCCCGAGUUUGCGUUUGAAUUUGCAAUCGACGGAAAAGUAACAACAUGGAACUACGAUCAAUACAUGGAGCACAUGCACCUUAUCCAACGCGUGGUAGAAGUCAUCAAAGUCGCCGAAGAUCCCAGCAUCACCGGUGGCGAAGAAAAAGAAAUCGAGUUCGCCUUUCGCAUCACGGGCUGCAAAAAUGUCAAAGUGAUGCAUAUAACGCAUAUAUACUGGGCAUGAGAAACAAAAUGCAGAUGAUUGCUAAUAAACAACGAUCGAUACG